ACGCGGCGCCUAGUUUGCCGCUUCUUCUUCUUCUCUCCUAUUAAUCACCCCACCAGAAAAACAUCAAUACAUAUGUUCAUUUUAUGUUAACAUCUUUCAUCUUAUUAAAGUUAAAUGAAUCCAACUGAUAUCCCCAUAGAUAUUAACAUGAUUCUUGCAUAGAAACUAUCAUUAAUUCUCAAUCCUUUGAAGCUUUCAGAAACUUCCCUCUCUUUUUCUUUGUAAAAAGCCUACAAAACCAGUGGUUGCCAUGGCUAAUAACAAUAAUUCAGAUCUCUCAAUGAUCCUUCCUAGGGUUCUCAUCGUCUCUAGGCGAACCGUGCGCAAGAACAAGUUUGUAGACUUUGUGGGAGAAUUCCAUCUAGAUCUUAUUGUGAGCUAUGGAGCUGUUCCAGUAAUAGUGCCUAGAGUAAGUGGAGUCCAUAUGCUAUUGGAUAGCUUUGAGCCAAUCCAUGGCGUUGUCCUGUGUGAAGGUGAAGAUAUUGAUCCAUCCCUUUAUGAUGCAGAACUAUCUGGUUUUUCGCUAGAAGAACUUGAAGAGAUUAGGAAAGUGCAUGCAAGUGACACUACAAUUGAUAAAGAGAAAGAUACAAUUGAACUACGACUCGCAAAGCUAUGCCUUGAAAGAAACAUACCAUAUUUAGGAAUUUGCAGAGGGUCACAAGUCCUUAAUGUUGCUUGUGGAGGUACGUUGUAUCAAGAUGUAGAGAAAGAACUUUCGAAGAAAAUCCCGGAAGAAGAAAGAGUGAUGCAUAUAAAUUAUGAGGAUUAUGAUGGUCACCGGCAUCCAGUGAAAGUAGUGGAAAAUACUCCUUUACACCAAUGGUUUAAAGAUUCAUUGGAGGAAAACAAAAUGAAAAUCUUGGUCAAUAGUUAUCACCAUCAGGGUGUCAAGAAAUUAGCUCAGCGAUUUCAACCGAUGGCAUUUGCUCCUGAUGGUCUUAUUGAAGGGUUCUAUGAUCCUAAUGCUUAUAAUCCUGAAGAAGGCAAGUUCAUAAUGGGACUUCAGUUUCAUCCUGAAAGAAUGCGCCAUCAAGAUUCUGAUGAUUUUGAUUAUCCGGGAUGUCCUGCAGCAUAUAAGGAAUUUGUGAAAGCUGUGAUUGCUUAUGAGAAGAGGCUUAAUUGCUCAACAUGUUUGCCUAAACCUCCUAAACUAAACCAAGAAUUGGAAACAAAGAGAAAGACCAUUGUCAGAAGUUUCUCAAUUGCAAGAAACAUGUACAACUCGGGAAGAGGAAUUGGUUUCGGUCAUGAAUCAGAAUUGGAAAUCGGAGCAGAAUUUCUCGAGGCAAAUACUGUGCUGAGUUUGCAGCAAGAGAAUAGACUCAAGCAAAUGGGCGCAACAGUGAGAAAUGCUUCUUCGUACAAGCAAAGACUGAAGAUGAAUGAAGAAAGGGAGAGAGUAGCAAGGGUUAUAACGGGUAAAAUGACAAUUGGACAAUUAUCUGAUUUAAUAUCUUUCUAUCACAUGAUGGGAAAAAUAUGUACUGAGGCUUUGGAGAGGAAGCUUCAAGAACGUGUAGAUGAAGAGGGCGACUUAUAAACAGUACUGUAUGCACUGUAAUUGUCUUGCAAGAAACAGCUCUUGUUAUUUAUAGUCAUCUUUCAAUUCUCAAUGUUACGCGAAUUAACUAA